AAAAGUUCUACUGUUUUUUUUAGGGAUAAAAAAUACAAGUGCAGUCACCAACAUGAGUCAAAAACGCGAAACGCUGGCUCGCCAAAAAAUCAAUCAACGUUUAACAGAAUCCGGCGAAAAGGAGCGCUUACAAGAGAUGUUGCGCGUUCGCCUAAUCGAAUGCGGAUGGCGCGAUGAGUUGAAAGAAUACGCGCGUGAUAUCGUGAAAGAGAAAGGCGUGGAUAAUGUUACGGUGGACGAUCUGGUUGCAGAACUCACACCCCAAGCAAGAUCCAGUGUCCCUGAUGAAGUAAAAAAGGAGCUGCUGGAUUAUAUUCGCACCGCUUUGAGUGGAAAACCUUAACAUGAAAUUUCAUUGGUUGUACAUUCUGAUUCGCUCUUCUGAUUGGUUCUUUAUUGUUUGAUUUGUCACGUGAAAGCGUGAAAGAUGAUAUGUAAAUAUUUAUAAACAUAUAUUUAUAUGCUUCUGAUUCGAGAUUACAGAUAGUCACGUGGUGUAUAUUUUUGAAUACGUCAUCAUAUUUUUUUGCCUUAAACGUUCUAGUCUUUCAAUUUCAAAAUAGUUUGGUAACUAACACGCGCGAAAAAGUUUGUGAAAAUUUUGAGAAUCGAACUUAGAAUACAAAAUAAGAAUAUUACUUUCUUCGAGCCGCGGAAAUUUCUACUUGCUGAAAAACUUUGAUAUUCGGGUAUUUGAUUGUAUGAAUGUAAAUGAAUAAAUUGAUUUUAAAAAAAAUAAAUGACGAAAUGGAUUGAUCUCAAUAUUAUGAUAAGCGACAGCUGUAUGCAGACCUGUUCCGUUUAUUUUUUACUACCACAUACCAAUUGUUGUGUUUCAGGUUACAAAACUGUAAAAUUGUAACCCUCCUGAAUGAUAUUGUACUACUUUAACUGGAGAAAUUUUUGCACAUUCCUGUUUCUUGAAUAUAUUUGCAAAGACUUAAAAAUAAAGCGUUGAUAUUUCAAAGGCACGUAUC